AUGAUAAUAUUUAAAAAUAUAUUUUCAAAUUUUAAAAGUAAACAAUUUGGUUAUCAUGAUUUAAUUGGUAUAAAUGAAAACUUUUUAAAAAGUUAUAGUAAUUCAUUAGAAAUAAUAAAAGAUAAUAUUAAAGGAAAUAUUAAUCAUCAAAUAAUUAGAAAUACAAAUGAUAUUGUAAAUAUUAUUAAAACAUUAAAAAAAAAAGAUAAUGAAACAAUUUCAUUUUAUACUACAUUAUUCUCAGCAUAUUCAUCAUCAAUAUCCAACUCAACAACAACAAUCAUACAACCAAUAAAAUCAUUACUUUUUCAAUUUGAUGAAAAUAUUGAUCUAUGGAUUCAAAGAAUGAUUUUAAAUGAAAAUUUAGUAGCAUUAGAUCAAUUUAUUAAAUUUUUUAAAAUAAAUUCAGAUGUUUUAAAAAAAAGUAUAGAAAUGCAUAUUAAUCCAUCAUUCUUUAAUGUAGUUACAUAUAAUAAUUUAAAGAUUUACAAUUAUUUAAAAUCAAUUAAUGCUAUUCCAACAUCACAUAUUAAACAACGAUUUUCUAAUAUUGAUUUAUCAGAUAGUCUAUCAUUUGAUUAUAAAUUUAAAAGACUUAUAAAAUCAUAUAAAUUAUUAGUCGAUCCUACAAACUUAAAAGAAAUACAAGAAAUACAUCAAAAACAACUACAACAACAUAAACAAGAACAACAAGAACAAAAAUUGAAUCUACACUCAAAUAAAAAAGAACACAUUGAAAAAUUAAAUCAAUUAACAUUGGAAUUAAAUGAAAUUGAACUAAGUCAUUUUACAAAUGAUCAAUUAAAUUCAACAAUUAAAAAUCUAUUAAAUCAAACAACCACCACCACUACCACUACCACCACCACUAAUACUACUACCAACACUCCAAUAUUAAUAACAAACAAUAAUAAUAGCGGUGAUAUAAAAGAUAUUAUUAAAAAAUAUUAUAAAUCAAUUUAUUUAUUUUUUAAAAUUAUUAGAGUUGGAAAUCUUUGUAAUGGAAAUUUAAUGAAACCAAUUCAUUAUUAUUUAUAUUUUAAAAAAGAAAAGGGUGUUAGUCAAUUAUAUGAAAUAUUUUGUAACUUUCAUAAAAAGAAUAAUGAUUAUUUAAUAUUUUUUAAAGGUAUUUUAGUGGAUCAAAAUCUUGAAAAAAAUCAAAGAUUAGAAUUAGUAUCAAAUAUUUUGGAUAUUUAA